UGGCUCCACCAUAAGAGCCAUUUUGUGUUAGUCUGAAGAAACGCUCUCUCUCAACACAUCCCCACAUCCAUUAACCCCUCCCUCUGCUUGGCCCUUCUUGAUGCACCACUGCGUACCAGGCCCUGCAAAACCAGACUCCCUCAGUCUGAUGGUCUUGCCAGGGGGGGCUCCACCUGCAUUGAUGUUGCUGAACUAGGGAGAGGCUGAAAGCCUAUAGGAAAAAAUAAAAAAAACAGGGUGAGGAAGAAGACGGCGGAUGGAAGCAGACUUGAUGGAAUAACCCACUGCUGUCCGCAAUCUCAACAGGAUAUUGCCAUCAGGAAUCAGUGGCAGGUGGCCUCUGAUUCCUGGCUGGGCUUCGUUGCAUCAGAUCCUGUGCAGUAGCAAAGCCCCAGCACUCAGACACCAUGGCAGGUGCCUCGGUGAAAGUAGCAGUGAGGGUCCGUCCCUUCAAUUCACGAGAGAUUGGAAAAGAUAGCAAGUGUAUUAUCCAGAUGUCAGGCAACACAACCACAAUUAUAAAUCCAAAACAGCCAAAAGAAAACAAGAGCUUCAACUUUGACUAUUCCUAUUGGUCACAUACAACGCCAGAAGAUGUGAACUAUGCAUGCCAAAAGCAGGUUUAUAAAGACAUAGGGGAGGAAAUGCUUCUGCAUGCCUUUGAGGGAUAUAACGUCUGUAUCUUUGCCUAUGGGCAAACUGGGGCUGGAAAGUCAUAUACCAUGAUGGGCAAGCAAGAGAAGGACCAAGAAGGCAUCAUCCCACUGCUAUGUGAGGACCUGUUUACCAAGAUCAGUGACAAUAAUGACAACAACAUGUCAUACUCGGUUGAGGUAAGUUACAUGGAGAUCUACUGUGAGCGUGUGCGGGACCUUCUGAACCCAAAGAACAAAGGGAAUCUGCGUGUGCGAGAGCAUCCUCUGAUGGGGCCAUAUGUGGAGGACCUAUCAAAACUGGCUGUUACUUCCUACAAUGACAUUCAGGACCUAAUGGACUCUGGAAACAAAGCCAGGACUGUGGCGGCCACCAACAUGAAUGAGACCAGCAGCCGCUCCCAUGCUGUAUUCAACAUCAUCUUCACACAGAAACGACAUGAUGGUGAGACAGAGAACACAUCUGAAAAGGUCAGCAAAAUCAGCUUGGUAGACUUGGCAGGGAGUGAGCGUGCUGAUUCUACUGGAGCUAAAGGCACUAGACUCAAGGAAGGAGCUAAUAUCAACAAAUCUUUAACAACGCUGGGCAAAGUUAUCUCUGCGUUGGCCGAAGUGGACUCUGCACCAAACAAGAACAAGAAGAAGAAGAAAGUGGAGAGCUUUAUUCCAUACAGAGAUUCAGUUCUGACAUGGCUGCUGAGGGAAAACCUUGGAGGUAACUCCCGCACUGCCAUGGUAGCAGCUCUAAGUCCUGCUGAUAUUAACUAUGAUGAGACUCUCAGCACACUCAGGUAUGCUGACCGAGCCAAGCAGAUCCGUUGCAACGCCGUCAUCAAUGAAGACCCCAACAACCGCCUGGUGCGUGAGUUGAAGGACGAGGUGGCUCGUCUGAAGGAUCUGCUCUAUGCUCAGGGUCUUGGAGACAUCAUUGAGACAUACCGGGCACAAGCUCCUGGGAUAUCUGCUCUCAAAUACUUGUCCAGUUACAAGACUAAUAUCAAUAGCAUCCAGGCUAUCAAUCAAAGGGGUGAUUUCUCCACAGUGACCAAUGCCAUGACAGGGAUGAGCCCCUCCCCCUCACUCUCUGCCCUGUCCAGCCGAGCUGGCUCCAUCAGCAGUCUGCAUGACCGGAUCAUGUUCAGCCCGGGAAGCGAGGAAGCCAUUGAGAGGCUGAAAGAAACUGAGAAGAUAAUCGCAGAACUCAAUGAAACUUGGGAAGAGAAGCUUCGCCGCACCGAGGCCAUUCGAAUGGAAAGGGAGGCACUUUUAGCUGAAAUGGGUGUGGCGAUGAGGGAAGAUGGAGGUACCGUUGGAGUCUUUUCACCAAAGAAGACUCCACACUUGGUCAACCUCAAUGAAGAUCCACUGAUGUCUGAGUGCUUAUUGUACUACAUUAAAGAUGGAAUCACCAAGGUCGGCCGUGAAGAUGCCAGCAGUCGGCAGGACAUUGUUCUGAGCGGCCAUUUCAUUAAAGAUGAACACUGUAUAUUUACAAGUAGUACAAAUGCCUCAGGAGAGGGUACGGUUGUCCUGGAGCCUUGUGAAGGAGCAGAGACUUACGUUAACGGCAAGAGAGUGACAGAGCCCACUGUUCUCAGAUCAGGUAACCGUAUCAUUAUGGGCAAGAGCCACGUGUUCCGUUUCAAUGACCCAGAGCAAGCACGGCAAGAGAGGGAGAGGACCCCAUGUGCAGACACACCUGUGGAGCCGGUGGACUGGGCCUUUGCCCAGAGAGAGCUAUUGGAGAAACAAGGCAUUGACAUGAAACAAGAGAUGGAGCAAAGGUUACAGGAGCUGGAGGACCAGUACCGCAAGGAGAGAGAAGAAGCAAGCAACCUUCUGGAACAGCAGAGACUGGACUAUGAGAGUAAGCUGGAAGCUCUUCAGAGGCAGGUCAACUCCAGAUAUUACCCAGAAACCACUGAGGAAGAGGAGGAACCAGAAGAGGAAGUGCUGUGGACAAAGCGGGAGACGGAACUGGCCCUCUGGGCUUUCCGGAAAUGGCGAUUCUAUCAGUUCACCUCUCUCAGAGACCUGCUCUGGGGAAAUGCAAUUUUCCUCAAGGAGGCUAAUGCCAUUAGUGUGGAGCUGAAGAAAAAGGUUCAGUUUCAGUUUGUGCUGUUAACGGAUACACUGUACUCCCCACUGCCCCCUGACCUCCUGCCCCCCAGCAUAGCCAAAGACAGGGAGAAAAGGCUAUUCCCUCGCACCAUUGUAGCAGUAGAGGUUCAGGACCAGAAAAAUGGUGCCACACACUACUGGACCCUGGACAAACUCAGACAAAGACUGGAUUUGAUGAGAGAAAUGUAUGACCGAGCAGCAGAGGUGCCCAGUACGGCAGUCGAGGACUGUGAUCAUAUGAUGUCCGGUGGUGACCCCUUCUAUGACCGCUUUCCAUGGUUCCGCCUGGUUGGUCGCACUCCCAUUCUCAACACGUGCAUGACCGAGCGCAUGAGUGGCCUUACCCUUUCCCCCACCCUCUCCGACCCUGACUCUGACAUAACCGAGCUUGCCGAUGAGCGGCAUUAUGGGAAAGUCGAGGUGGAGGAUGAGGAGUUGGAGGACCUGGACGAUGAGAUCUUUUUGGAGGACCCUGGCUCAGAGCUUGGGAGAGAGGAGGAGGAUGGUGUGGGGGAGCACUGCCCAGGUGUCAGCGAUGGCCAGGACCCCUUUUACGACCGCUGGCCUCUGUUCAGUUUAGUGGGAAGGGCGUUUGUGUAUCUGAGUAAUCUGCUGUACCCUGUGCCAUUAGUGCACCGUGUGGCCAUUGUAAGUGAGAAAGGCGAGGUCAAGGGUUUCCUCCGAGUAGCAGUACAAGCCAUAUCAGCUGAUGAAGAAGCUCCUGAUUAUGGCUCUGGUGUGAGACAAUCAGGAACGGCUAAGAUUUCAUUUGAGGAUCAACAAUUUGAGAAGUUCCAGACAGAAACAUGCACCGCUGGCAUGUCUCACUCAAACACAUCUCAAGAGGAGCUGCGCAUUGUAGAAGGAGAAGGACAAAACUCAGAGAUGGGGCUCAGUGCUGAUGAGGUCAACAACAACACCUGUGCAGCCUCUCCUGAAGUUCCUAACAGUCCUCUCAAGGGUCUGGAAUGUCCUCUUGAUGUGGCCCAGGAAAAAUCCUUCCAGCACUUAAAAAUAGGCAGCAACUUCACCUUCAGGGUCACAGUGCUUCAGGCCUCCAGCAUCUCUGCUGAGUAUGCAGAUAUCUUCUGCCAGUUCAACUUUAUUCACAGACAUGACGAGGCAUUUUCCACUGAGCCAUUAAAGAAUACCGGCCGAGGGCCUCCUCUGGGAUUCUACCAUGUACAGAAUAUAACUGUAGAGGUCACCAAAUCUUUUGUGGAAUACAUCAAGAGUCAGCCAAUAGUUUUUGAGGUAUUUGGCCAUUACCAAAAACAGCCCUUCCCUCCUCUCUGUAAGGACUUGAUUAGUUCAUUACGUCCAACAAGAAGGCAGUUCCCUAGGGUUAUGCCUUUGUCAAAGCCAGUGCCUGCCACAAAACUGAGCACGCUCACACGCUCCACUGCUGGCCCAUGUCACUGCAAAUAUGACCUUAUGGCAUUUUUUGAGAUCUGUGAGCUGGAGGCCAACGGAGACUAUAUCCCAGCUGUUGUUGAUCACAGGGGUGGAAUGCCCUGCCAUGGUACAUUCCUGUUGCACCAGGGCAUCCAAAGGAGAAUUACAGUCACUAUAGCCCAUGAAACCGGCAAUGAUAUUGAGUGGAAGGAGGUUAAAGAGCUCGUCAUAGGGCGCAUCCGUAACACACCCGAGGCAGAUGAGACUAUCAUCGACCCCAACAUCCUGUCCCUCAACAUCCUGUCUUCAGGCUACAUACGACCAUCUUAUGAUGACAGAGUGUCAUUGGGAAUUGACCAUAGGACAUUUUACCGCUUUGAGGCAGCAUGGGAUAGCUCCAUGCACAACUCCCUUCUGCUGAACCGUGUCACUCCAUAUGGAGAGAAAAUUUACAUCACACUCUCCGCCUAUCUUGAGAUGGAGAACUGCACUCAGCCCACUGUCAUCACUAAGGACUUUUGCAUGGUGUUCUACUCCAGAGACGCUAAACUUCCUGCGUCUCGCUCCAUUCGAAACCUUUUCAGCACUGGUGCCUUUAGGCCCUCUGAGAGUAACCGUGUGACUGGAGUGUACGAAUUAAGCCUCUGUCAUUUGGCUGACAUUGGAAGUCCUGGUAUGCAAAGGAGGCGCAGACGGGUGCUGGACACCUCAGUGGCGUAUGUGCGUGGAGAGGAGAACCUUGCAGGUUGGAGGCCCCGCAGUGACAGCCUCAUCCUGGACCACCAGUGGGAGCUAGAGAAACUUAGCCUCCUACAAGAGGUGGAGAAGACCAGGCAUUACCUUCUGCUGAGAGAGAAGCUAGAAGCAUCUCUGCUGCUGGGACAGGAUUCUUUCUGUGGCAAAGACCUGAUGGACUCACCUAAGGCCUCCAGCCCCAUGAUCAGCCCAGUAGUCAGUCUGGGUUUGGACAGUCCCAAUGAGAGGCAGAGGGAGCUGGCUGCCAAGUGUGUGCGACUGCUCAUGCACACCUUCAACAGGCAGUACAGCCAGGUGAGCAGCAGUCUCAGUGAGAGCAAGCUGUCAGAGAUGUCCGCAUCCCUUUUAAGAGACGGUUCUUCUUCACCUCUAAACACUUUGACACCCUCCUCCACCUGCCCGUCACUGGUGGACAGUCACUAUGGCAAUCCAGACCUCAGAGGAGCUGAGGCUAACUCAGGUGCCUCUAGCCCUGAUCUCGACCCCUUCAGCCCCAUAGAGAGAAAACCCAGGAGCUGCACCUUCAUCCCGAACAUCCAGGAGAUUCGUGUCAGCCCCAUUGUGUCAAAGAAAGGCUAUCUACACUUUCUUGAGCCACACACCAGUGGCUGGGUGAAGCGGUACAUUGUGGUACGGCGGCCCUACGUCUACCUGUACCGCAGUGAGAGAGACUGCGUGGAGAGAGCCGUCAUCAACCUGUCCUCUGCCCAGGUGGAGUACAGCGAAGAUCAGCAGACCAUGCUGAGGGCUCCUAACACUUUUGCAGUGUGCACUGAGCACCGGAACAUUCUCCUCCAAGCAGGCAAUGACAAAGAGAUGCAUGACUGGUUGUACGCAUUCAACCCACUGCUGGCAGGAACUAUCAGGUCUAAGCUUUCCAGAAGAAAAUCAGGACAGAUGAGGAUGUGAAACCGUUUUUUUCCUCUGGCUCAAACCAUAAAAAGGCCUACUAGGCCUUUGUGAUGUAAUUAGGUCAUGUGAUCAUAAGUGCCCUGUCCCCAUGUCAUCACAGCUGCCUCUUGCCUGCCCGUCCCAGCAUUCCCCCCUGUUCUGUCCAUGCCAACCAUAGACUGAGGGCUUGGCUUCACAGAGUGUGUUUAUGUGUGUUUCAGGCCCUAUUUAGUGUAAAUUUACAACAUUGAAAUAUAUUCAGCACUUCCCGCUAACAUAGCUAAAAGCUAGAAUGGCAAAACAGCAUCAUAGACACAGCCCUACUCUUAACGGCAUUCGUUCAUUUGUAAAUGCGACUCAAUGCUCUGUUUGUGUAUGUGCUGCUUCAGAGUAGAUGUCAAGUGCUUUUACCUGGGCUUUAGUAGUUGCCUCUUGGUUUUGAUCAUUCUGCCAUGAUCAUCGUGCUUUUCGAAGAGAUGCCUUUUUAUGCAUUGGAUGAUAGAAGAUAGAAUUGUGAUGGAUUUUAGAAUAAAAGAAGUAAUUAUUUCAACAAAAAUCAGCAUCAGAAAAGUACAAAACGUCUACCAUACAGAAGUUUAGUUUGUGUUUUACUUUCAUCUGUAAUGUCUUUUUUACAUUACAUCUUUACGUUUACUUAUUUAUUAAGCAUUGUAUGUUUUAUAAACAUAAUUUAUUAAGAGGUCACUCUUUGUAGUGCGCUACAAAAAAAUACUUUUUCACCUUGCACUUUUGAUAAUUAGCUUUAUUUACUAGGUUCAUUUUGGUUCAUUUGCACAAGAGCUCUGCUGCUAAGAGAAUCACCUUCUUUAAAGGGAUAGUUCACCAAAAAUGAAAAUUCUGUCAUCAUUUACCCUCAAGUUGUUCUAAACCUGUGUACAUUUCUUUGUUCUGCUGAUCACAAAGGAAGAUAUUUGGAAGAAUGUUUGUAACCAAGCAAAUCUCGCCCCCCCCAUUGAUUACCAUAGUAUUUUUUUCCCUAAAAUGGUAGUCAGUGGGGGCAAGAUCUGCUUGGACACAAACAUUCUUCCAAAUAUCUUCCUUUGUGUACAGAAGAAAAUAGAAAUUUAUACAGGUUUGGAACAACUUGAGGGCGAGUAAAUUAUGACAGAAUUUUCAUUUUUGAGCGAACUAUCCCUUUAAUGUUUAUUUUAAUCAACUUAUUUUGACACACAAAAUUAGAGUGCGGUGUUGCUAAAAUUCCUGUUACUGUUACACUGAACGCAAAUACAUCAGAGCACAUUAUAUCACAUAUUUCAAAUAAUAUUAUGCAGGAGGUUUAUGUUCAAAAACACUGUAUCUUGAUUGUGUAGUUUCUCUUUUGUUGCUGCUAUGUUUAGAUCAUCCCAGCCUUACAUGUUAUAAUAGAAUAUCUGUAUUCAAACCUAUUACAUGGUGUUUUCCUAGGGAGGUGACAAUGAGAUGAUGUCUUGUAAGAGAAGAUCCAGUUUUAGUGUUACAACAUCAAACAAAAAGUCUAUAAACUAAAUGUUUUGUGAUCCCCAAUAUAGAGAACAUCAUUUUUUGUUAGAUGUAUCAGCAUAUACCCAUACACCUAGUUUUUGCUCCACCCUUUGCCUUGUACGAUGAAGAUGUGUGUAUACUAAGUAUAGAAAAGUCGUGUUUCCUGUCAUGACGGCUACAUCUUAAAGAGGUAUUACCAGAGGCCGUGUUCACCGUAGCGUAUCCUGAUGAACUCCGAAAUCUCUUGUUUGGUUUGAGCUCAUGCUAUUGGUCAGUCAGCCGUUUAGUAUGUUGCUCAUGAGGAUGGAUGUUUUGCGCAAUGGGUCAGCCAACCCAAAGAGCACAAAACGUAGCAGCAGCGUUUUAGCUGAGAGAUUUGAGCGGUUCUGAUCUUUACCUCUCAAAACGGUUUCUUUAUAAGGAGCAGUAUAAGUAUGCCUUUAUAGAUUCUUACAUUGACUAUGGAUCUGAAAUGUAAAUUAGGGACAGACGAUUAAGUUUUGGACCAUAUGUUGACAGUCAUACCUCCCAGUGCCCUGAUGUUUUUUUUUGUUUGUUUGUUUUUUUAUCCAUUCCUAUCUUUGACAAUGCUAUGUAUAUGAUAGCAUGCUGUACAUAUUUAUUUAGCUUUUAAAUGAGAUGUAUCAAAUGUAUCGCAUUUACCUCCAUACAGUAUAAGAGUAGCAUUUACAUAAAAAUAAUAGAUUCAGUCGUAUUUACCGAUUUGAAGGAUCACAGUCGACUAUGAGCAUGUAGUUUUCGCAUUGACAUGAUGCCCUGAAGAACUUUGUCAACAUACAUAUAUACUGCAGAUAAACAAGAUUUUUAGGGUUUGUAGUUGAUAACGUGUCUCUCUUUUUCUCUUUCACUCUCAAUGGAACCACGUCUUUCCGAGCAUCAUUUUGAAUAAACAUCUUUCAUCCAUCCAAAUAUUCCAGAUUUAAAAAAGAGAAACUCAAUAUAGACUAAGUGUACCUACUGUAAUUGCUUCAAUAUUUCUGUUGAUUUGCUCUGUAUAUAUAAACCCAACUGUGGUCUAGUACACAGCUGUAACCACUUUAUACCAUAAUGAAUGGGCUGUAGUGUACUCAGUGCUCAAGUUCUUUGAGUGUUGGACCUGUGUCUUCUAAUGUCUGUGGACACUUAACACUUUGUCGGGUGUGAAAUAAAUGUGAAAUAUGCUCAA